AUGUGUGGUACUCUAGAUUACCUGCCACCAGAGAUGGUGAAGAAUCAGGAGUAUAGUUAUCAUGUUGAUAUGUGGUGUUUAGGUGUAUUGUGUUACGAAUUUCUAACCGGAAAACCGCCAUUUGAAAGCGAAGAUCAAGAUACAACAUAUCGAAAAAUUAGAUCCCUGGAUUUCGAUUAUCCACCAUUUAUUUCAAGUGCUGCCGAAAAUCUCAUAUCCAGACUGCUUGUUCUCGAUGGCAAGUCGCGCUUAUCGCUCCCAGAAGUGAUGAAGCAUCCGUGGAUUCAAGAACAAAUGAAAAAGGCUUAAAACUUUUCAUUGUAAUUUCAUGUGUACUGAAGCUUUUCCGUUGUUAUUUACAUUUAACGAAAAAUAUAUAUUUUAAUACUAACAGAAA